GCAUCCUGCCCCCUAGCUUACUUUCACAUAUCUCUGAGGGCACAAGUACUAUGUCGGAAUUUACAAGUGUAGAUGCAGACGUCGUCUCCGCGUUGAGAAACGCAGUCAACGAUUGUUCAGAGAGAGGUCUUACCUUCGCAUCCAAGUGGGCCUCAGAGUUGUUGCUUGCCAUACCAUCAUCGAAACGUACACCGAUGUCACCAGCCACUUUUAACGCGUCUACACCUGCGCGUCCACAAAGCACACAAUCCUUCCUGCAUGCAUCCCCGACAAUGCCAGAUAUACAUUUGAUGGACACCACACCAUUUUCUGGGCUUCCUGCACGACACCCACAAGCACCAUCACUGAAGCCGCUAUCGCCAGAAGACCAAUCCCGUGAGCUUCACCUCGAGGCUAUGGACGAAGACUACAUCGCUAGUGCGAGAGCUUUGAUCGACUCGAAAGAGUUCUCAAGAGCUGUACACUGGCUGAAAGACUGCAAGAGUGCCAAAGCGGUAUUUAUGCUGAUCUACGGCCAGUACAUGGCUACUGAGAAGAAGGCAAUGCGCGACUGGUACAAAUUUAACAACACCAAGAACCAGCCACCGAUGCCCGUGAAUCCACACAUCCUGGGCCUCUUGCAGAUGGUGCAGAACUCCUCUGAUCCGUGGCACUUAUUCCUCAAGGCCCUUUUCCUACGGCGACUAGGCAGGCGAGAGGAAGCUAUAGAAAGCGCGCUUUUGUCUAUUGCAGGCUACCCCUGGAACUGGUCAACAUGGAUCGUCCUCGGUGAAUGCAUAGGCGAUGGCGAAGAGUUGUCCUCGCUAGUGACACUACUUCCUUUGUCUGCUACCCAUCCCCUCGUCCAGAUGUUCCAAGUGAAGACUUUGAACACCCUGAACAACCCCUCAGAGAACGAGCUAUCUAUAUGCGACAGACUCCUGAACGAAGAGUUUUUUCCACUGAGUCUAUGGCUCAUGUCGAUGCGUGCAUGCGUGCUGUACCAUUUGCAUGACUUUGGCAAUGCUGAAAUCCAAUUCAGGAAGAUACUCCAGAUAGAUCCAUUCCGAAUAGAUGACAUUGACGUGUACUCGAACAUACUCUAUGUGACAGACAACCGUUUAGAGCUGUCGAAACUCGCCCACGACUUCCUCAUGAUCGACAAGGACCGUCCCGAAGUCUGUUGCUUAGUCGGGAACCACUACUCCCUCCGUGCCGAGCAUGAGAAGGCUGUCAAGUACUUCAGACGUGCUACCCAGCUGGAUCGUACAUAUCUUUCAGCAUGGACGUUGAUGGGCCAUGAGUACGUGGAAAUGAAGAACUCCCAUGCUGCGAUAGAAGCGUACCGGAAGGCAGUCGACGUGAAUAGAAAAGACUACCGCGCAUGGUACGGGCUUGGACAGGCAUAUGAACUCCUUAGUAUGCACCAAUACGCACUAUACUAUUACCAGCACGCAACAGCCCUUCGGCCCUACGACGUUCGCAUCUGGCAAGCGCAGGGAAUGUGUUAUGAAGAGAUGCAUCGGCCCCAGGAAGCUAUCGAGUGCCUUAAGCGUGCGCUCAUUGGUGCCGAUCCAACGGAGACUACGAUACAUCUUCGUCUCGCGAAGCUGUACCAUGAUGAGCAUGACUACGCCGAAGCUGCGAAUUACCACCGACAUGUCGUCGAGCUCUGCAUGAGCGCGAACAAACCGGUAAUUGAAUACUCACGCUCGGCUGUGCACGUCGCGCAAUACCAUCUGCUCCAAGGUGGCAAUGAUUUGGAGCUCGCGAAACAUUACAUGGAGAAGGUUGCGGCGAGCAAUGCGGAGGAGGUACGCGAAGCUGCGGACCUUUUGAAGAGGAUCAAAGCGGCGCUCGUGAUGAAGCAAGCUGAGGAGAACAACAGCGUCAUUGGUAAGGCAGAUGGCAGCUCGGUGGGAAUGUCGAGCACUGCGAGUACGCAAUCGAGAAGCUGAGUGUCCCGGGCUGCAGAUAGGCCAGGUAUUUUUAGGAUAUACCUACCGGACAGCCGGAGACCUUGAUACGUGGCAUUUCAGGUAACUCGAUUCAGAGUGUAGCUACCAGGAUAGCAGUAGCUCAGGGCCGCACUAGCCACCGCUUGAUAUUCUUGCAUUUAAUACGACUGGGAUAUGAUCAUGAAAUUCACUACAUCGUAACAGCCUGCCCUAAACUCG